CAUUUAAUACAAAAAUAUAUAUUUAUUUCACGACAAAUGUCAAUUUUAAAGACCGUAGAAUAAUUACAAAUUAUUUUUGUUUAAAUUAGGUCGCAUAUUCCAAAAAAUAUUUUUUUACGCAGAAUUGCGCCACCCCCGCAACAAGAUGAACACGUUGGAAGCGCACAUGCUUUUAGCUAAAAAAUACCUGACAGAUAAUUACGAACUCAAUUUCACUUCGAAGUGGCAAUUGAUGGAGAUCAGCUUGGGAUUGCUGAUUAUCAUACUCUUGCUCUUUUUGAUGGUAGAUGCUGGCCAGUAUCGAAAAGCUGUUCGAAAUUAUGCGUGCCCCAACUCAGUCCAAUACAAGACAUCAAAGCAUGAAGGCAAGUUCGAAACCAAUUCAAAUUUUAGCAUUGGGUAUCAAGAAUACCAAGAGCGACGAAAACUGCGUCCUCGCACUCUGUCCAAACUGAGCUGGACAACUGAAGAACGCAACAAGUUCGUCGACGUCAUCAAUGGUAGACUGAAGCUAUUGAAAGGUAGCCCGGAGCGCGAGAAAUACGUUGAUCAACUGCUGGCACUUACACCGUCGCAAUUUGUACGACUGGAUAGAGAGGAGCAAAAGCGCAAGGCCGCCUGUGCGCUCUCAUUGACAACACUUUAUCUAAACGUUAAGGAGAAGCGGUUUAGUGAUGCGGAGUUGCUGAAACAGAUCGAAGCCGCCAAGGAGGAUUGUCAGUGUUCCAUAUACGCGCAUGAAAUCAUGAAUUAUUGUAAAGCGGAAAAUAUUACGGAUAGUCUCAUUGACUUACUACAGGAAUUCAUUGAUAACACCGGCCCGGAUAACCCGCCACCUCUGAAUGGGGAAUUGACGUCCCUAUUGUAUGACGCUGGUGAUCUCAGUACACACCCACCGAUUGAAUCCGAAAUAGAUUUGGAUUUUAGAAUUUGAGUUAAAAAUUAGAAGAAUUAAAAAUCAAAAAUUGUCCGGAAUACUCGCAAAUUUCACAAAAAUACAAAUUUUUUAUGUUAAA